UUCUCUGCGACCGCGUACGCCCGGGUCGGCCUCGUCGGCAACCCGUCGGACGGCUUCCACGGAAAGACGAUCGCUGUGGCGGUCGAGAACUUCUGCGCGACGGUCGCCAUUCACAUGUCUGACGCCAUCACCUUCACUCCCAAUCCGCGCUGCGACGCGACCUCUGGCUUCACGUCGCUGGCCGAGCUGCACGGCGCGCUGGCGCGGGACGGGUACCAGGGCGGUAUUGUGCUGCUGCAGGCCACGUGCAAGCGCUUCCACGAGUACUGCGCCGAGCGGCAUCUCGUGCUGCCGUCACGCAACUUCACGCUCUCCUACGACACCAACAUCCCGCGGCAGGUGGGACUCGCCGGCUCGUCGGCCAUUAUCACGGCGACGCUGCGCUGCCUGCUCCACUUUUUCGAGGUCAGCGAUGAGCAGAUGCCGCUGCCGCUGCGGCCCUCCUUUGUCUUGAGCGUCGAGAGCGGUGAGCUCGGCAUCACCGCCGGGCUGCAGGACCGCGUCAUACAGGCGUACGAGGGCUGCAUGUUCAUGGACUUCGCAAAGGAGCUGCUGGAGGGGCGCGGCUACGGCGACUAUUCGCGCAUCCCGACCGCCACUCUCCCGCCGCUCUGGCUCGCCUUUGUCAAGGACCCGUCCAACUCUGGCAAGAUCCACUCGGAUGUCAAGGCGCGCUGGCUGGCGGGCGAGGCGGCGGUCGUCGACGCGAUGGCGAGCUUCGCGUCGCUGACGGACCGCGCGAGGGAGGCGCUGCUCGCGGGAGACGCCGCCGCCCUCGGCGACGCCAUGCGCGAGAACUUUCGGCUGCGGCGCGCCGUGUACGGCGACGCGUGCCUCGGCGCCGACAACAUUGCCAUGGUCGAGCUCGCCGCGGCGCACGGCGCCCCGGCCAAGUUCUCGGGCUCGGGCGGCGCGGUGGUCGGACUGAGCACGGGCGAGGAGCAGAGCGCCGUGCUGGAGGCUGCGUUCAAGCAGCAUGGGUUCGGCUUUGUGCGGCUCGUGCCC